UGUUGUGGUUUUCAGUGUGGUUCGAAAAAUAUGCGUUUUCCUCGCAUAUUGUGCUUAGGGCGAUGGCUAAAAGGGCAAAGACAGUUUUGCUCCAACGUUGGAGAGUUGACGACAUGCCGCGAGUUAACAGCCGGUAUGAAGCACGAGGUGGAACAGAAAUGGCACGCCAAGCUAGGUGAUUAUCGGUUUGACUCGUCCGACACGGGCAAACCGAAGCGCUAUGUGCUGGCAAUGUUUCCUUACCCUUCCGGCAAUCUGCACAUGGGUCACGUCCGCGUAUACACAAUCAGUGACGCAAUGGCCCGGUUUUACCGUCUUAACGGUGCUAACGUGCUGCAUCCGAUGGGUUGGGAUGCGUUCGGAUUACCGGCGGAAAAUGCUGCCAUACAGCGACGCAUACCGGCCGACAAGUGGACCCACCGGAACAUAGGCGAAAUGCGCAAACAGCUCGAAAUGCUUGCAUUCAGCUUCGAUUGGGAGCGGGAGUUUGCAACCUGUGAACCAGAGUAUUACCGCUGGACACAGCAAUUGUUUUUGAUGCUGUUCAAGGAUGGGCUGGCGUAUCAACGUGAAGCACUGGUAAAUUGGGAUCCGGUCGAUGAAACGGUGCUGGCUGAUGAACAGGUUGAUGGCAACGGAUGCUCUUGGCGUUCCGGAGCAAAGGUGGAGAAAAAAGUACUGCGACAGUGGUUCAUCCGAACGACAGCUUAUGCCAAACCAUUGCUAGAGGGUUUAAAUGAUCCUGGGCUGGAAGAUUGGAAGGACAUCACAAAGCUGCAGCGUCACUGGAUCGGCGAGUGUGAAGGAUAUUCGUUCGAGUUGCCUAUAGCAGGAAAUGCUGCGGUGAAGAGCGUUUCCGUGUGGACUCGUAAUCCGGAAGAGCUCAAGAAGGCCCUUUUCGUAGCCGUUCAUCCCGAUAAUAUCUUGAAUAGCGCAAAGAGCAACGAAUAUAUACUGGAACAAGUCACCGUAAAGAAUCCUUUUACGAAAGAAGAACUUCCGGUGAUUGUAACGGAACAGGUUCCUUAUCCGGAGGGAUGUGAUACUUAUCUAGCAGUUGAUAGCGAGCAAACUCGUACGCUAGCCAUUAAGGCAGGUUUGCCUAAAACUUCGGUAGCAAAAUCAACGAACGAAGAAAGCAAAGGAUGCGGUGAGGAAAUACUCCAACAAGCUCUCAGCAAAGGAAUCGGUGGUCAUCCGGUGAGUUCCAAGUUACGCGAUUGGCUCAUUUCAAGGCAACGGUUUUGGGGAACUCCUAUACCGAUCAUUCACUGUCCUAGUUGUGGUUCGGUUCCGGUACCGGAGCAAGAUCUUCCCAUACGCUUACCGACAGAUUCCGUUGGAGUUCCUUUGGCACAGAACGAGCAAUGGUUAAGCGUGUCUUGUCCGUCCUGUCAUCGUACCGACUGCCGCCGGGAAUCCGACACCAUGGACACGUUUGUCGACAGUUCGUGGUACUUUUUGCGCUUCAUCGAUGCCCACAACAAGAGCACGAUGUUUGAUACUUCCCUUGCCCAUCGCUUGAUGCCGGUGGACCUUUACGUCGGUGGUAAGGAACACGCGGUGCUACAUCUUUACUAUGCCCGCUUUGUCGCACACUAUCUGUAUAGUAAGGGCUUGCUUCCUACUCCGGAACCAUUUAAGCGACUGCUCGUCCAGGGUAUGGUAAUGGGUCGCUCGUAUCGUGUCGUUAGCAGUGGCAAGUACAUUCCCGCUGCGGAUGUUGAGGUGGUGGAUGAGAAGCACAGCAAAGCGAUCGAACGAGCGACGGGCGAACCGGUCACAAUGCUGUGGGAAAAAAUGUCCAAAUCAAAGCUAAACGGUGUUGAUCCGCUGGAGGUGCUAAAGGAGCAUGGGUGCGACACGUUGCGGUUGAUCCUGCUGGCAGAUGUAGCACCUACUUCCCAUCGGAACUGGUCCGAAGCAACUUUUCCGGGUAUUUUAAACUGGCAGAAACGACUCUGGAUGACGUUGCACGAUUUCCGUGAACUUCGAAGCAAAAGGGAUACGGCGACAGCCGAUGCUCCGGCAACGGAAGUGUUCAAAGAGCACGAGCACAAGCUGUGGGACGCGAGAAAUUAUUUUAUCUCCGGUGCUACCUUCAAUUACCGCUACUCACAUCAGCUAAGUGUAGGCAUUUCCAAGAUGCAAGGACUAACGAACGCUAUUCGGCGCGUACCACCGGAUGUGGUUACCUACGGGCAGCAGUACGAACGAGCACUUGCGGCACAGAUAAUUAUGCUCGCCCCAAUGGCACCACAUUUCGCUGCGGAACUUUGGGAGCAGCUUGUAACGGCACCGAAUCGUGUGGUACAAUGGAACGGUACGGUUUUCGAGCAACGGUGGCCAGAGAUAGACGAAGAUUUCCCGCUUGAUCUUACCUUCAAGAUAAACGGUGCCGAAUGUUGCAUACUGAAAAUCCCUGCCAAACGCUUCAAUCAGCUCACGCACCAGGAAUCGCUUGAUUUGGCACUGCGUCAGGAACCGAUAGUGAAGAUGAUCGGAAAGCGACCACUCCGGACGAGCGAUUUUGUGCUGUAUCCUAGCUGCGAAGCCAUGCUCAAUGUAGAUCUCGAUCGGGCAGUAGUCGAAGAGGGUGAUGAUGCCCAAACGAAGGCCAACAGCAAAAAGGAGAAGAAAGAUAAGAAAGCGAAAAAGAAAAAAUCUCUACAGGUGCUUCACCUGUAA